UCUGCUACUGUGAGAGUUAUGUGACCGACCGAGUGACGGAGCUGUUGUGUUGAUCGGACGGCUGAGAAUGGACGAGGAUUGUGCGACGCCGAAGCGGCGGGAGUGCCAGAUACCGGAGAUGCUUCUGUGUCCACCGCCUCCGAAGAAGAAGGCGGUUGGGGAAACGCAGCGAGACCCACCGAAGAAUGGUUACUUCCAGCCCCCUGAUCUCGAUGCUCUGUUUGCUCUGCCUCCUCGAACUCAAGCCUGUGCCUGAAAAGUUCAAAACUUUUUUUUUUUUUCUACACGGAGAUUUUAUUUGUUGGUUUUUCUUUGUGCAUAUUAUUAUUUUUUCUUUGUAAUUUCGUUUUAAUUUUCUUCCAUUUUCGUAUAUUAAUUGGGUGAUGAUAUCGGAGUGGGUGUGGAGGGAGAACUGCAGGCCUCAAGUGGGUCAUGAUGAAUGAUGAAGAUGAAGCAAAAUCCAGCUCAAUUUGACUUGUGUGGGACUAGGCUGGAAUUGGAAAUUAUGCGACAGUCAACAAUGUUGGGAGAAUUAAUAAUGGUCUUACUAUUAUGGCCAAUGAGUUUGAUGCACUUCCUUCCCAAGCAAUUGCUGCAUUUGAUCUUGUUUUGAAUUUGACCGAACAGAUUGUUACAAAAUCAUCAAAGAAGCUUGUGUUGGGUGUUGAUCGCAUGCAAAUUCCAAUUUCAAGAAUGCACAAAUAUGAAAAUAGAUUUUUGUUUUUUUCAAACGUGGUGUAGAUCAGAUGGGCCAUCACCUUCAUCGAACGACUUCGAAAUUAGGACAGGUAGCUAGCUGGUAUAUAAAAUUAACGAUGUUUUCACAAGAAAUUGUAUGUGGAUGUGGAUGAUUUGGAGUGAAUUUUGUGGUCGCGGACGUGUUUAUU